ACUGGGAAUUAUAAUCGGUUACGCCCACCUGUGCCUGUACGCCCACCUGUGCCUGUACGCCCACCUGUGUCUGUACGCCCACCUUCCACCUGUCCAACCCCGGCGGUGUUACUUCCGGCAGGUGCGAGGAGGUGAUAGAGCCUCAGCCCAGCACCUCAGCACCCCUCACCCCAGCACUCAGCACUCACAGCAUGGCCAGCAAUCCCGUCCUGGUGCUUCUGUUCAGCGGGAAACGCAAGUCAGGGAAGGACCACGUCACUGAACUCCUGCAGCAGAGAUUAGACAACAACAGCAGCAAGAUUAUAAGACUAUCAGGGCCCAUCAAGCAGCAGUUUGCCCUGGACAAUGACUUGGAUUACUCACAGCUCCUCACUGCGUCAGAUUACAAGGAGAAAUACCGCUCAGAGAUGAUUGUCUGGAGUGAGGCCAAGAGAGCGAUAGACAAAGGAUACUUCAUCCGAGCAGCCAUUGAAAUGUUUGAAGGUGACCAAUACCCAGUUUGGAUUGUUAGUGACAUGCGGCGGCGGAGUGACCUGGCGUGGUUCAGGGAACACCACCCUGAGGCAGUAUACACCGUGCGGAUAACAGCCACAGAGGAGGCUCGAAAGAGGAGGGGCUGGGUGUUCACGCCAGGAGUGGAUGAUGCAGAAAGUGAGUGUGAUCUGGACUCUGUCACUGUCUGGGAUUUGGAGGUGGACAACAGCCAAGAUGAGGAUGAAGGACAUCUGUCGAGUCUGUGUGAUUCCCUUGUGGCUCUGUGCUCCAAGAGGAUAGCAGCAGCAAAAUGUAAUGCUGAUGGCUAAAGAAGAUAGAAGUUACCUGCAGCUGAAAGUAGUACUCUCAGCAAAAACUUGAACAAGAGGUCUGCAAGCUAGCUAACAGCAUAUAUAUAUAUAUAUAUAUAUA